UUCUCUAUAUAUUAAAUCUCUAUAGUAGAGCUUAACAAUUAGACUAUGGCAAUAACAUCUCCAUUACUGCAGGAUCAGCAGCAGACACCAGGGUCAGUGCCAAAUCCCCCACAGAAGACUUCAGCUGCUGCCGCCAGUUUUGGGAAUAUUGUGCCAUUCAUUGUUGUGAUAUGCAUUGUGGCGGUUAUCUCCAUAGUUUCCUGUGUAGUUGGUCGCAUUUACUCCCGUCGCGUAGCGCUAUCAACUCCAUUGCAGAGUGGUGUCAACAUUAAUAUUAGGCCUGGAAACUGGGUCGAACGGAUCAAGAAGAGGUUCAGGCGUGGAAAGGCUGGUGCUGUUGAAGUAGGACAUGCGUCUGGUGAUCAAACUGGAACCAAUGAUGGGAAUGCUCAAGUUGAAGUUGCAGGUGGUAAUGAUCAGCAGCCCCCUCCAGGGCCUCCACCUCCAGCUUAAUCCCAUGUUUAGGAUAGUUGUGUUGCAGAUCAAUAAUGGUGGUUUGGACUCAUUUUGGUUUGUUUUUGGACCCUUUUGUUCUUGGGUUUGAUCCAUUUAUUUGCCAAACCUAGUAAGUCUUUGUUUCCACCUG